AUGCAGGGCUCACAGGGUGCAAAUUCGUCUUCUCAACUCGAGGUCGAAAUUAGUGGCGCUUCGCGUCGUCCAGCUAAGCACGUAAGCUUCCAGGCGCCCGAAGACCCGUACAUCAUUGAGCAUGACGUGGCCCAGCCUCCAGAUGACGUGGCGAAUCCUCUUCCCGAGGUUCCGGGGCAAGAGCUCCCUCUCCCGGGAUUUGUCGAUUACGAAUCGGAAUCAUCUUUCGGACGCGAAACGUCAGCCGCCGAUUUGGAAACGGGCUUCCGCGUGCGACAAUUGGAUUUCGACGCGACGCGCGAGACGCACUACGUGAUCGUGGUGCACGGAACCUUCGACGCGCCACCGUCCGACGGAACGCGCACGUGGUAUCAACCCGCGGAUCCCGGCGAGCAAAACUUUUGCUCCAAAAUUGGCGCUCUUCUGGCGCGAGGGCCGUUAAGAGCAGACAGCGUGUGGCGGGAGUUUCCGAUCGGCAGCUUCGCGGCCGGCAAAGCUGCUCGCGGCCGGCAAGGCGCUGCGCCGUACCCUUUCCACUGGGACGGCACGAACACGCACAAGGGGAGGGUGGAAGCUGCCGAGAAGCUCUCUGUGCUUAUAACGGAUAUUGCCCACAGUGACCCUGCAGCGAGGAUACACAUCAUCGCUCACUCCCAUGGGGGAAACGUGCUGCUCAAAGCGGCAGAGGUGUACAUGCGACGAUUAAGCAACCAGUCACCAGCUGACCUGCACCCAUUGGUGGAGCAAGAGUUUUGGGCGGCACACAGGCCCGGAUACGAUUUGAUUCGCAAGUGGAGGAGUCCGAAUCAAGUCAAAUCUCGCUGGUCUGGGUGGCGGCGGUGGUUGCCCACGCCCAUCGUGUUUCAAAGUCUCCACCCCAGCACGCACAAGCAGAAGAGCCAGGAGCGCUAUCCCUGGGGGCGCUACCGCUGGAUCGACUCGCUCCUCGGCCUCCCAGCCACCCGGCAGCGCCUCUUCCUCUCCCACCGCCUCGCCACCUCCCCCCUCUCCAACGCCCUGGGCUCUCUCGUGUUCCUGGGAACGCCGUUCUAUGUGAAGAAAUGGGACCGCGCAGGGGUGUUCCGGCUGGUGGUGGCGACGGUGGUGUCUGGUGCAGUGGUGUUUGGAGUGGUGCUGGGGUAUGUGGUGCUCUGGGAAGUGGUGGUGAUGGAGGCGGCGCAUUUGGAGGUGAACCGGCUGAUGCUGUGGCCUCUGGUGGUGGUGGCGAUUGUGGGGCUGUUUGGGGCCGUCAGUAUCGCCGUGCAAGCUUAUUUAUCUUUCGAGUCGUGGCACCAACCGGCCUACUACAACGGCAACAUCUACCACGCGCCCGGUUACCACUGGUCGCCUGCCAUGUCAGCACUCGUGAUCCACGCUGGCAAGCUGGAUGAAGCCAGCCUGGCACUUUCCGUCGAGCCAAUUGCGCGCGCCUACAUCUUUCCCCAACUGAGGGAGUUAAUCAAACUCUCCUUCUGGUUCCCCCUUCCUCCCCUCCCCACCUCCGCCUCCUCCUCCUCUCCCUCCUCUUCCUCGUCUUCCGCGUUCCUUUCCUCCUCCUCUCACUCUCGUCCUCACAACACCCAAGCACGCCCCUUCCUCCUCUGGUUCCUAUACUUCAUCAAUCUCAUUAGAGUGCUUCUCUGGAACAUCAUUUUCCUCGUGCCCUUCGCCCUCCUCUCCCUCAUUUCCCACAUACUGGCACCGGCGUUAGUCGAGACAGUACGGAGCGUGAUAGUAACAAUCGCAUUCGGUCUUUCCCCCAACGAGCUAAGCUUCGCAAGUGUGUAUGUAGAUGAAGUGUUAGAUCUCCACCUGUGGUCACACCGCGUGGAGCACUGGAACGUUCAGAAGCUUCUGGCUGAGGCCAAGACACAGUCUUUGCAGGGGAAGCUGUUACCCGGUUACCACGACGAUACUGUAGAUGCGGGUGGGGGUGACAGUGAAGGGGGUGAGUACAUGGAGGGGCUGGGUCUGGGUGGGGAGGGGGGUGAGGCGGGUUGGCUUGAGGAACAAUUGUUAUUGUCACGGGGAAGGGAAGUGGGGAGGAAUGGGGAGAGAGAGAAGGGGAGGCAGGAGGGGAGGGAGGGGAGAGAGGGGGAAGGUGAUGGGAUGGAAAUAGAAGCAGCGGCAGGAGCAGCAGGAGCAGGAGAAACAGCAGGAGCAGGAGCAGGAGCAAAAACAGGAGCAGGAGCAGGAGCAGGAGCAACAACAGGAGCAGGAGCAGGAGCAGGAGCAAGAGCAGAAGGAGCAGGAGCAGGAGCAGGAAAAACAGCAGGAGCAGGAGCAGGAGCAAAAACAGGAGCAGGAGCAGGCGCAGGAGCAACAACAGGAGCAGGAGCAGGAGCAGGAGCAAGAGCAGAAGGAGCAGGAGCAGGAGCAGGAGCAGGAGCAGGAGCAGAAGUAGCAGCAACAGCAACAGCAGCAGCAGGAGGAGCAGAAGCAGAGGCAGAAGCAGCAGGAGCAGCAGCAGCAACAGCAGCAGCAGAAGCAGGAGGAGCAGAGGCAGAAGCAGCAUCAAAGCCUCCCACACACCUCCCUAGAAAGUUUCCCUCAACACCACACACCAUCGCAUAUCACACCUCUGCUUUGCGACCCAAACAUCCCUAUCACCCCAGUCCCACCCCUCGAAAUAAUCACCUGCCUGUAACACUCCUAGAGCAUCACGUGCCUUCCUUCCCGUCACCGCAUCAGCACAUGGUGGUAACCCCGUUACAGCACCAGCACAUGGUGGUAACCCCGUUACACCACCAGCACAUGGUGGCUAAGGAUGCUACUGAGGAGGCUACUAUAGGGGAUGGACGAGGAGCCUUAGGGCAUGAGAGCGAGAGGGGGGAUGGUGGUGUGGGUGAGAUGGUGGGAGGUGGAGAAGGGAAGGGGGUUGAGGUGGGGGGUGCAAGGGGCAUAAGGACGGUAAGGGGUGUUGGGGCGGCAAAGUGGAAGGGAGUGGGAGGCUGCAUAGAGGCGCCUGUUUGUGAUGAUUCUGUGGGGGCGGUGGGGGCAGUGGGUGGGUUCGACGGUGGUUCGGUGGGUGCUUCGGCGGGUGGUUUGACGGGUGGUUCGGCGGGUGCAAAGUGGAAAAGAGUGGGAGGCUGCAUAGAGGCGCCUGUAUGUGAUGAUUCUGUGGGGGGGAUCGUUGGUUCGGUGGGCGGUUCGGUGGGUACUUCGGCGGGUGCUUCGGCGGGUGACAUAGGUGCUUCGUCGCUUGCAGUUUCAUCUGCGGUUGAAGCGGACGAGGCGGAGGUGGAUUUUCUCCUGGAGGAGCAGGAGGACAAGGAGGGCUGCGGCGAUCAAGCAGCUAUCAAGCAGCUGUGUGUGAUGAUCGAGGAGCAUAUUGGCGAGCUGACUGGUCGCUUUGACCUCAACCAUGGCGCAUACUUCCGAGACCCGCGCAUCCUCGCUGUCAUCGCACAUUUCCUGCAGCAUCGGGCUCUCCCUGAUUGGUCCUGGUCCCUUGAUGCGGAUUUACUGCGUGUUCAGUCGUUGACUGAGCUUGCGCAAACAGCUUCAGGGCAAGGAACGGGCGGGAGAAGUGGUGGGGAAGGGGAGGGUUCGGGGGGUCUGGGUUGUGAGUCAGGUGCGACUGGUAUGGCAGGUGUGGCAGGAGUGGCAGGCAUAGGGGAUGCAGCAGAAGGGGAGUUGGAGGAGUUACCAAAUCUGGAACAAUCAAAGCUGGGGAUAUCAAGCUCUGGGGAUGGUGCGAGCAAUAGUCGAACCCCCAGUAUGGUGGGGUUCCGAGGGAAGAGGAGCAAGAGUGAGAAGAAAAGGAGCAAGAGAGAGGGGAAUAGGUCCUGGUCCGGUCAGCUUUGGCUGACGCGCGGUUUUUCCGGGCAGCUUUCCUCAAGCCAAGCUUCUUAG